UUAGCAAAUUAGGAAGAUGACCCCCUUCCCAAAAAAAGAUAAAAGAAGAAGACACAACUAGACACUGGGCCUGUGUUAGUAGGGCCCAGCUGAGACCCCAGCUCUCCUCCGCAGAGUCCUCUGGAACUAAGGUCCAGCCCCUGCUCCCGCAGGUGACUCACCGCCGACUCCUGCAGGUUCAGGAAAUGCUCUCCCCUUGUCUACAAGGCUCACCUACUCUUAGGUGUGAGUCACUGCCAUCAGCAAGAGAGCAAGUUGCUCCAGUUGUUCCUGAGCAGGAGACUUUGCAAGGUGCCCAAAGGACGAUCUCAAGACGGGUCGGGAAGUACCUACCUCGUCUGGCAGGGGAGGAAAAUGUUUAUUUUUCAUGCUUUACCAGAAAACCCACAUCCCUGCCAACCUUAGUUUCAAGGUUUAUUCUUAAUUAGAGUUGAGGAGCCUGUUUCAACUUGAAGACGCCCGUAUCAGGUGAAUGGACGGCCAGCUACCGCAAUGAAAGACAUUAAACCAGGAGUAACCUAUGCUGAACCCUCGCCUCACCCGUCCUGCAGUGUUUCCCGACACAUGUACUUGCUGACAGUCCAUCACAACUAAAGAAUGGGGUUCAACCUGACAUUUGCAAAAUUACCAGAUUCCGAGCUGCCGAGCCCAGGGAGCCUGGCUCCCAGCAACACCAGCGAUGGCCCCGGGAGGAACGCCACCCUUAACGAGUUUGACACCAUCGUCAUGCCUGUGCUCUACCUCGUCAUAUUCGUGGCGAGCGUCUUACUGAAUGGCCUGGCGGUGUGGAUUUUCUUCCACAUUAGGAAUAAAACCAGCUUCAUACUUUAUCUCAAAAACAUAGUGGUUGCUGACCUCAUCAUGACGCUGACAUUUCCAUUUCGAAUAAUCCAUGACACAGGACUGGGGCCUUGGUACUUCAACGCUAUCCUCUGCAGAUAUACUUCGGUUUUAUUUUAUGCAAACAUGUAUACUUCCAUCGUGUUUCUUGGGCUGAUAAGCAUCGACCGCUAUCUGAAGGUGGUAAAGCCAUUUGGGGACUCUCGCAUGUAUAGCAUAACCUUUACAAAGGUUUUAUCCAUUUGUGUUUGGGUGAUCACGGCUGUUUUGGCCUUGCCAAACAUCAUCCUAACAGAUGUUCAACCAACUAAAGAAAAUAUUCACGACUGCAUGAAACUUAAAAGUCCCUUGGGAGUCCAAUGGCAUAAUGCAGUCAUUUACGUCAAAAGCUGCUUGUUCGUGGCUGUGCUGGUGAUCCUGAUCGGAUGCUACAUAGCCAUAUCCCGCUACAUCCACAAGUCCAGCAGGCAGUUCGUGAGCCAGUCAAGCCGGAAGCGGAAACACAACCAGAGCAUUCGCGUGGUGGUGGCCGUGUUUUUCACAUGCUUUCUGCCGUAUCACUUGUGCAGAAUUCCUUUUACUUUUAGUGACUUAGACAGACACUUAGAUGAAUACGCGCACAAAAUCCUGUAUUACUGCAGAGAACUGACACUUUUCUUGUCUGCGUGCAAUGUGUGCCUGGACCCAAUAAUUUACUUUUUCAUGUGUAGGUCAUUUUCAAGAAGGCUAUUCAAGAAGUCAAAUAUCAGAACCAGGAGCGAAAGCAUAAGAUCACUGCAAAGUGUCAGGAGAUCGGAAGUCCGCAUAUAUUAUGACUAUACUGAUGUGUAGGAGUUAAAGGCUACAAGGCCUCCCCUUGUUUGUUAGAGUCAAUAUGUACAAGCUGUAAAUAAAUGUUUCUUUUGAUUAUCCUUGCUUCAGCCCAUCAAAAUGUGCAUAAACAGAGAGCUAAAAUGAUAUAAAAUCUGGGUAUAAUUUGAAACUCCAAAAAACAUUAAGGCAGACCAAAAAGUGAGAUAAAUGAGAGGUAGUGCAUGGCUAAGAGGCUGGGCUCUUGACGCAGAGCUGAAGGGGCAGAGGCAGAAAGAGCCACGUCAAUGUCAAGGCACAGCGGCCAUCUCCCAGGAAACGCUGCCACUCCACAGCCACUCUGGGGAGAAAUAAAAAAUAUAGAGAAGGGAGUUCUACCUAGCCUUCAAAUUUAAGUUUAGGGAAAGAAAAUGCUGUUUUGAAUAUAGCUCAUUUACAUAACUGAGUACAUCCUGAUUACUAGGCCUUCUGUCAUUCCAUCUGCAGAUAUGCAGGACCUUUGGCAUCACCCCUUUAUCAAUGUCCUGUU